CUCUCUCACUACCUCUCCCACCGCCACCAUUAACCACCACCAACCACCCUUAGCCACUACCCUCCACCACUCUCCAAUAUCACCAUCACACUACGAUUCUCCUCGCUGAAACCCUAGCUGCGCCGCCGCCUUUAUCUCACCAUUACAGAUCGCUGAAACCCUAACCCCAAACAGACCCAGCUUGUUCCUCAUCAUCCCAUCCGAUGUCGUUCUCAAAUAGAGUAUCCGGUACACCUGAGCUCGUUCCUUAGUCAGAUCUGUGACCCACGAGUCCGGUUUAGAAACUUUCCGGCAAGGUGAAGGGUGCUUCGACGAUAGUGAUGGCGGUUGAAGUGGUUCGAUUACUAUCAUGGUGUCCAGAUGGGUUCAAGUGGAUAAUGUGGGAAAUGUUGUUGAUCAGGUAAAAGCACCUUAGGUUUGGAGGGGUUCGGCCAACUCAGACUUGGAAGGGUUCGGUCAACUUUAUCAGCAUAUAUCCGCUUGUGAAACAUGUCUCAAGACAAUGCUUCGAUGGUCGAAUCACCAAGAAGGCGUUCCGGUUUGCUAAGAGAUCAAGUUCAACUGGUUAAAAAGAAAGAUUCGUCUCGUUACGAGAUCUCACCGAUACAAGAUCCUCUAUCGUUUGAGAAGGGUUUCUUUGUAGUGAUCCGGGCGUGCCAAUUAUUGGUUCAAAAGAACGACGGGAUAUUAUUAGUUGGUGUAGCCGGUCCAUCGGGGGCUGGAAAAACUGUGUUUACGGAUAAAGUACUCAAUUUUAUGCCUAGCAUUGCUGUCAUAACAAUGGAUAACUACAAUGAUGCAACCCGUAUUGUUGAUGGCAACUUUGAUGAUCCACGGCUGACAGAUUAUGACACGUUACUCGAGAACAUCCACGGCCUGAAGGAAGGGAGAGCGGUUCAAGUUCCGAUUUAUGAUUUUAAGUCAAGUUCAAGAGUUGGUUACAGAACAGUUGAAGUUCCUUCGUCUCGCAUAGUGAUUAUUGAAGGAAUUUACGCACUUAGUGAAAAACUAAGACCGCUUCUAGAUCUCCGUGUCUCCGUCACUGGCGGAGUACACUUUGACCUGGUCAAGCGCGUUUUGAGAGACAUCCAACGCGUCGGGCAAGAACCUGAAGAAAUCAUUCAUCAAAUCUCCGAAACCGUAUAUCCUAUGUACAAAGCUUUCAUUGAGCCUGAUCUUCAAACUGCACAUAUAAAAAUUAUCAACAAGUUCAACCCAUUCUCCGGAUUCCAAAAUCCCAGUUAUAUUCUAAAGUCUAAAAAGCCGGUGACCCCCGAGGAAAUGAAGGCGGUUCUUUCUCCUGAACAUAAAGAAAGAAAAGAAGAAACGUAUGAUAUAUAUCUUCUUCCGCCCGGUGAAGAUCCCGAAGCUUGUCAAUCGUAUCUCAGGAUGAGGAACAGGGAUGGCAAGUACAACCUUAUGUUUGAGGAAUGGGUGACGGACAGUCCGUUCAUUAUAUCACCUAGAAUCACCUUUGAAGUGAGUGUACGUCUUCUCGGUGGGCUAAUGGCGUUAGGAUACACAAUUGCUGCCAUACUCAAACGAAGCAGCCAUGUUUUCUUUGAUGAAAAGGUUUGCGUGAAAACCGAUUGGUUAGAGCAACUCAACCGCACCUAUGUUCAGGUGCAAGGAAGAGACCGUUUGUACGUAAAAUAUAUUGCAGAGCAGUUGGGGUUAGAUGGUACAUAUGUUCCUCGAACUUACAUAGAACAAAUACAGCUAGAAAAGGCCGUAAACGAUGUGAUGGCAUUGCCCGAUGAUCUGAAAACAAAGCUCAGCAUAGACGAUGAUUUGGUCUCAAGCCCUAAAGAAGCUUUAUCGCGUGCCUCUGCUGAUAGAAGAUCCAAAUACCUUAACAGAGCGCACUCAUUUUCGACACGUGAAAAGAAUUUAGCGAAGCUGACGAAGCUUUCCAUUAAUAGUAAGCGAUUUGACGGGAGGACACCUGAUUCACCAGCAGCAGUUGUAAACCAAGGAGUGAUUACUCACCUAUCGGAACAAAUCUCCACUCUAAAUGAAAGGAUGGAUGACUUUACGACCCGAAUCGAAGAGCUAACUUCCAAGUUUUCGCAAAGAAAAGUACCGAGCCUUCAAAACAUGGCUGGCCAGGCUGAAUCGUGCAAUGGGUCUGCAACUUCACUGUUCGUGACCGGCCUAGGAAACGGUUCAUUGACCGGUCAACUACUGCCUAGUUCCGCUUCUUCUCACCAGUUGGCACGAGAGACCCCCCUCAUGGAUGAGGUGCUACUCAUUGCAAGGGGACAACGGCAAUUGAUGCAUCAACUAGACAACUUAAGUAACCUGUUACGAGAUUACGUGACAGAAAAGGGUCAGCAUGAUCGGGCAAACAAGACUGAUCGAUUCACGGAGAUUGAAUCGUUGGGAGUGCCGAUUAUUGCAGCAUUAGCAAUUGGUGGGUUGGGAUUCUUGUUGAGCAGGACUUUGAGUUCUCAAAAGUGAAGUAACCACCCCUUUUGAAAUUUUUUUAAAUAAAUAACACCCAACAAGAUGUUGGAUCACAAUCAUAUAAUGUGUAAAGAAUCAGGUGAAUUUGUCCCUGAAAAGUGUAACAACAUAUAGUAACAGAGAAAGGUUUAUUUCAUAAAUCAAGUGCUUUAUGAUCAAGUAAA